UCAAAAAGCAAUGAUAAAAAGCACACUUACGUGUUUUCUUUGUCUUCCUCACACAACUGUGAGAAGAGAAGCAUGAGGAUGACAUUGAAGAAAUCGACGCUUGUAAAGCCAAUCGAGGAAACGCCGCGUGGCAGUUUGUGGCUGUCGAGUUUGGACUUAGUUAUGCCCGACAACUUCCACACUCGCUACGUCUUAUUUUACCGCUGCGACGGCUUCUUCGAUGCGGCCGUGAUGAAGGCCGCGCUGAGCCGGGUCCUGGUUGAGUUCUACCCCUUCGCUGGGAGGCUGAGGAGGGACGAUCAUCGCGGCCGCAUCGAGAUCAACUGCAACGGUAAAGGGGUCAUGUUUACGGAGGCGGAGUGCGACGGCGCCGUCGAUGAUUUUUUCGGCGGUAUCGCCCCCAGGCCUGACGUCAGCCUUGUCCCCAACGUCGAUUACUCCGGGGGAAUUUCGACGUUCCCCCUCCUUCUCGUGCAGCUAACUCGCUUUAAAUGCGGUGGAGUGAGCAUAGGUUUCGCAAACGAGCACCAUCUAGCCGACGGGAUCUCCGCCCAACAUUUCAACAAGUCAUGGGGUGAGAUCGCUCGCGGCCUAACCCCCUCCCUCCCUCCCUUCUUCGACCGCCGCCUCCUCGCCUCCCGCGACCCCCCGCGGCGCCCACACUUCCCUCACAUCGAGCACCACCCUCCUCCCUCUCUCAACACACCCCUCUCCCUCUCCGACACCACUUUCUCAAUUUUCAACCUCACCCUCCACCAAAUCAACUCCCUCAAACAAAAAUGCAACCACAAGUCAAAGUUUACCACUUACGAAAUUGUCACAGGACAUGUGUGGCGCUGCGUGACCGCGGCUCGCGGGCUACCGGGGGACCAGGAGACCAAGCUGCAGCUCCCGGUGGACGCGCGCACGAGGCUGCGGCCGAACCUCCCACCGGGAUACCUAGGCAACGCGAUCUUCUACACCAGCGCAUUCGCCCUUUGCGGCCAGCUGGUGUCGGAGCCCUUAGCGUUCGCGGUGGGGAGAGUGCACGACGCGAUCGCGCGGAUGGACGAUGAGUAUUUGAGGUCGGCCGUCGACUACAUGGAGCUGCAUCGCUCUGCCAUCGUGCGCGAUGCCGCCACUCUCAACUGCCCCAACGUCGGGAUCACGAGCUGGCUGCGCCUUCCCUUCUACGAAGUGGAUUUCGGAUGGGGGAAGCCCGCGUUCGCCGGAGCCGGCGCAGCCACGUUUGAAGGGAAGUGCAAUUUGUUUUCUGGUCCGGAAAAUGAAGGAGGCAUCUAUGUUGCGAUAACUUUAAGUGAAAAACAUAUCAAGAGCUUUGCAAAGCUUCUCUAUGAUGAGUGUGGCAUCAUUAGUAAAAUUUGAGCACUAGGAUUGGUUAUGUAAUAGGAGUAACACUCUUUUUUAUUACUACUACAAUAAUAUGGUGUGUGAUGCAUUUAGUUUAUGCAAUUUAUGCUCCCUCUAAUGAAUAGAUCGUUUGUUUUUUUGUCU